ACUUGAACAAAAGACCAUUCAUGAAAAAAUCGAUGUACUCAUGCACAAGCUCAGUGAAAUGGAGGUGGAGAUUCACCAGCUUGCUGAGAGCAAGUACGUCAACUUCAGACCCUGCUUAGAAACCUCUGACAGCCUCUCCUGUAAGGUCAUAGAGGUCCAGGAUGAAAUAUCUUUACUAGAGAAAAAGAUCAAUAACGAGGUUAAAGGUCAGCUUUCAAUGUCCACUGGAGAGUUCCAGAACCUAAAUAAAGAAUUAACAGGGACAAAAUCUAUCCUGGUUGGUCUGAACUACGUAGCUGAAAUAUAUGAUCUCCUUCAGGCAUGCGAUGCAGCAAUUGAAUCAGGUAAAUAUGGCUCAGCUGCCAUGUCCUUAAACAAACUUGAAGAGUUAUUUAAACAACCCCCAUGUGACCAGCAUGAGAAACUCCACAUUUUGCAAGCCAUGAAAACUGAGCUUACAGUUCAAAGAGGGAAGCUGGAGUGCUUGCUAUCAGAUCUGUGGAAGAACCAUGUCAAGUGGAAUAUACAAACCAAUGAAAAAUCAGGGUCACAGCGUGAAGAUGGCCAGACAUCCCUGCAGGAGGUGUCGGUGACCUUUGCCCCAGUUGCGGAACUGCAAGAACUGGUUCAGGGACUCAACGCAUCAAAGCUGCUUCAGAGACGUUUCAAAACAUUCGCAGAAAAGUUCCAGCAGUACCUGGUUCCUAUGGUUCUAGAAUAUGGUAGCCUGACUGUCGAUGUUAGGACAACGGAGCUGACCCAAACACUGGUCGUCUGUCCCCUAGAGCAAAAGUCAGACUCGAAAAGUGCAAAAAACAAAUCAAAAUCACAACCUGAAAAUAAAAUGUACAUUUCUGUCUUUGUGACUUUGCUUGAAGUCCUGGAGAAAUUGAACCCGUUGUUUUUAAAUAUUGACGUGAAAUGUCUAGAUGAUACGGAACCUGAAGCCUCGCAGGCAGAUGGGAAGUCUGUCACUCUGAUGUCAAUGCUGGGCAGUGAAGUGGCUACCUGGCUACUGGAUCUGCUGCAGACGACAGUACUGGCUAAAGCUAUCCCCACCAGUGCUAAGGACCUUGAUGGGUUUAAUGAGGUUAUAUCAGCCACAAAACUAUUGCAGGAUCAGCUGCUGGGCCUGGGCUUGAUCCAGCCAGAGAACCAGACCCUGAUAGACCAUGUCAAGAACAUCAACAUGCUGUUUGCCAACAAGAAGAGCCAGACAGUGCUGGAGAGCUCCAGGGACCUGAUGAUGUCCAACCUCCUGGACUCUGUGCUGGUGACAGACGAUAAACCUGUGGGGGAAUGGCCACCCUUAGUCCCAGGGGGAGUCAAGAAGACGAAGAAGAUAGAAAUACCUGCGGAGCACCGGCUCAGUGAUAACACGUUUAGGAUGCCUCGUUGUCAGAUAAGCCAAAGCAUAGAAACCCUGAUGAGGCUGGCCUAUGAAACAUUGAGUGAAGCCACAGAAAGCUCGUCUGAAUGUGCUAUUCAAAUGUUCUAUGCUGUCCGCAGCAUGUUUGAGAUGUUCCUUAUUGUGGUGCCAACACACCAUGGACAGAGUCUCCUCACUGUGCCUCAAGCUUCAGCUCUCCACCACAACAACUGUAUGUACAUAGCCCACCACCUGAUGACACUGGGCCACCAGUUUGCUCCCAAGCUGCCAGACACCAUAGUCCCAACAUUUGUUGAUCUCAUCCAGCAGAUGAGGAAGAGUGGGGUGGAGGUUUUUGUGGCACAGGUCAGCAGACAGACAGGAUUGUUGUUGGAGUGCCUGGAUGGGGCUGAUGGCUUCACCAACGUGGAAGAGCAGGCAAAUGAAGAGAAGGCCAGCAGAUCAGUGCGCCAGGUGGUGCUACAGAUGGAGCACCUGCACAAGAUAUGGAAACCUGUUUUACCCUUGAACAUCUACAAGAAGGCAAUGGGCAAACUUAUCCAGACUGUUGUGGAGCGAGUGACGGAUUGUGUAUCCGCUCUGGAGGAUAUAUCCCAGGAUGCUGCCAACAAACUUAUAUCCAUCCUCUCCCUUUUGGAGGAUAGCUGCGGCAAGUUCAUGACCUCUCCAGGGGAGGCAACGAAUGCCGAACUUGUCCGACAUGUGUCCAACUGGUCAAGACUCACGGAGAUGAAGCUUGUCUUGGAUUCCAGUCUGUCAGAGAUUGGUGACCGCUGGUCAGAUGGGAAAGGACCCCUGGCACUGGCGUUUACUCCGAUAGAACUGAAGCAGUUGAUCAGGGCGUUGUUUCAAAAUACAGAGCGCAGGGCUAAUUUGCUGGCUACCAUUAAGUAGGAGUUGCUGUAUAAACAGUUUGACUAAUGGUCUGGUCAGCAUGUUAUGAUAAUUAUCUCUGUAUUCUUUAUACAUAUGAUGGUCACUUCAUAACAUGAUACUUAGUUUAGUAACAUGAUUAUUAAUUUGUAGAAUGAUGCACAAUGGUUAGUUCAGUUACUUGUUAGCUGGUUGGAUGUGUA